AUGGACACUGGAACUGGAUCUGAGUGGCCGGAUAUUGAACCCCCUGUCGAGACAGAGCCGAACUUCGAGUUACCAGACUCUGAAGAGCCGCCUUCGGGCGAUGACACUCCUUGGGAAGAGCUUCAAGCUCUGGAGAUUAGUCAAGGGCCAAUCAUGGCUGAGAACGCGCGCCGAGUCUACUUUGGUGCUCUUUACGAGCAGCUGCAAAAUUCGGAGAUCGAUUGGUCGCUGGAGGGAAAUGCGUGCCGUGUGGUUGGGUGUCCCUGGUACGGGGAGGUGUGGGAGAACCGAAGUGGUCUGAAGAAACAUCUUGAGACCACUGCUCACCUCGAUCUCGAUGCUUCUUUUGCCCCCAUUGAUGAAGUCACGGCGCCUGUUGGCAGCUCUGAUAAUACUGAAGAACUACCAAGCCUUGUGGCCACUGAGGCAUCUCCUCAGGCGAGAACAAGAGCUCUUUAUGAGCGAGCCUCCUUCCAGAGGAACUCGAAGCCACAAGCGCCUUUGAUGGCCCAAUGGAGCUCAAGCAAGAUCAAAGGCAAGGUGAUCGCAGUCACUGGUGCAGCAUCUGGUAUCGGCUUUGCAGUUGCUAAGCUCCUAGCAAGUCGCCGUGCCCAACUCUCGCUCGCCGACAUGGACAAAGCAGGCCUUGAGGCUGCUCUCGAGUCUCUUCCUGGUGAUGGGCACAUCAUCACCCAAGUCGAUUCUGGAGGAAGCAUCGCGGAUAUCGAUCCACGUCUUCUUUGGAAACUGGAAGCUUCUGCGUCUGUAGGUAUCGGCAGCUAG